AAAAAAGAAUACGAGAAAUCCUUCACUGUGCGAGAGACUGCCACUCUGCAUGACAAAACUGUGAAUGAUUUGAAAUGCGAAGAAGCAAAAUGUGGUCCAGUUAAUCCGGAAAAGAAACGGGGGGAAGAAUGGAGGGACCCAGCGCCGAAAGGAAUGGAAGAACGGAGAAAUCCGAUCCAGAAAAGAAGGGAAGGGUGGUGGAGUCCAACCCAGAAAAGGGCGGAUGAAAGGCCAAUGAAAUAUCCACAUACAUUUUAUAAUGCCAAUGGAGCAGGGCAGCGAGUUACCGAUAACGGUAAUGAUAAUGGUGCCAGUAAUAAUUUAGAAUUGAUGAAUCGUAAAAUGAGAGAUUCAACAAUAUCAUCGGCUGCUGCUGCUAGUUCUGGUGAACUGAGCGAACCUGCACCGAGGUGGCGGAAUUUUCGAGAAAGUACAAAUAAGUUCCGCGAAACAUCGGGACAUGUAAGUCAAAAGACUACUGAAUCGAAGUUCGAGCAGGUAUAUGAAAACAGUGCCAAAUCAGGUUUGCAACACGCAUCAGGAUGCUCGGCAUUGGAUCGUCCACAGUUGAUUUCCCGCGAUGUAAAUGACGCUGCAAAGGAAAACGGUGGGAAACAAUCAUUCAGCCAGCGGGCAUUUGUUUCAUUCAAAACCAGAGAUGCAGUGAGUGAAAGGGGCAAUUUUUCGACGUUUCCGGGUCGUGAAAAUCGGCGUACGGAAUAUUUUGAUGAAAGAGACCAUUUUCGGCGUAAUGAUAACAACAGACACCAAGGAUUCCCGCGCCGGAACGAUCCCAGAUACGGAAGAAUGUCAUUUUUUAAUCGAAAUCGAGAAACGGCUUCUCAGAAUCGAUUCAGGGAUCAGAACGGGGUGGAACCAGUCAAUCAGUCAGCUGCCAGAUCGUUCGGUAAAUUUCUUGCCGGCACCCGGAUGAUCCCAGAGAAACGAACAUCAUCGAAUAUCGGUGGGCGAACUUACAGAAAUGAAAAUUUCGGGCAAAAAUCAGCAGAUCGACCGAGGCGUGGAGCUUUGCCGCCUCUUUCGGAAAUUGAUCAAGAGCAUAAUCACAGUCCCGACAGGCGUCGUGAGCAUAAUCACAGUCCCGGCAAGCGUCGCAGGCGUUACGACGAUUCUGAUAUUCGACGUAUGUCUUGA